AUGGUCAACCAAGUUCCAAACCCGACUCUUGAAAAGUUUGCAAGGCAUCUCCAUCUCCAUUCUGCUCUUUCCUCCGACAUCCAAAGCAACGAUGGAUCCUUCCGCCACCCUGCUUUAAACCAAAGGCGAUCAUUCUCGAACUACUCGAAUCCUGCCUUGCACAUGCCAACAUGCAAAUCAACAACUGACUUCUUUACCGUUACAACUGCCACAACGUCUCCUGUCUUCGUGGCAGCUCCUGCAGAGAAGGGAAACUUCUUUAUUGACUUCAUGAUGGGCGGAGUGUCGGCUGCCGUGUCAAAAACGGCGGCGGCUCCAAUUGAACGAGUGAAGCUUUUGAUCCAAAAUCAAGAUGAGAUGAUUAAACAAGGAAGACUUGCUCAGCCAUACAAGGGUAUUGGUGACUGCUUUAGUCGAACAAUUGCUGAUGAGGGUGUGGUGUCUCUUUGGAGAGGUAACACUGCAAAUGUGAUUCGCUAUUUCCCCACUCAGGCUCUGAACUUUGCAUUCAAGGACUACUUCAAGAGGCUUUUCAAUUUCAAGAAGGAUAGAGACGGUUACUGGAAAUGGUUUGCUGGAAACUUGGCCUCAGGAGGUGCAGCUGGAGCCUCAUCGCUCUUCUUUGUAUACUCUCUUGACUACGCCCGUACUCGUCUUGCUAAUGACGCUAAGGCUGCUAAGAAGGGUGGCGGCGACAGGCAGUUUAACGGUCUGGUCGACGUCUACAAGAAGACGUUGGCUUCCGACGGCAUCGCCGGUCUUUACCGUGGUUUCAACAUUUCCUGCGUCGGUAUCAUCGUCUAUCGCGGUCUCUACUUUGGAAUGUAUGAUUCUCUCAAGCCAGUUCUCUUGACUGGAUCUUUGCAGGAUAGCUUUUUUGCGAGCUUUGCUCUGGGGUGGCUGAUCACCAAUGGUGCUGGGCUUGCAUCAUACCCAAUUGACACAGUGAGGAGAAGAAUGAUGAUGACCUCUGGUACAGCUGUGAAGUACAAGAGCUCCAUGGAUGCAUUUACACAAAUCCUCCAGAAUGAGGGUGCCAAGUCCUUGUUCAAGGGUGCUGGUGCUAACAUCCUUCGCGCCAUCGCCGGCGCCGGUGUGCUUGCUGGAUAUGACAAGUUGCAGGUUAUUAUGUUUGGCAAGAAGUAUGGAUCCGGUGGUGCUUAGAUUUUUCAUAUCUUAGCUAUAUAGAUGGAAUGCAGAAGAAAAACUAUUCAACCUUUAGAUUUGACUCAUUAUCAUUGCUGCGGCAAAUUUUGUUGAUUUAA